AACUUAUAAAAGCAAAGGCUAAGGAAAAUUACAAAGAAUACCCAAAUAUUACUCAACGAAAGUAUACAUUAAUACUACAGAAAUGAAGAAUUCUAUAUUCUUCUAUAUUUUUCUUAUUUUUUUGAUAUACCCAAAUAUUUCUGCAUCAAAUUGGCCGGUACCCAGGUCAAUAAAAUGCAAUUCGUCCGGCACUUUCCAGUGUACAACCCCCGGACAGUACGAAGAUCCAUUUGACAGCUCCUGUAAGCUGUACUACAUCUGUCGAGAGGGAGAAAACUACUUUGAGACCUUGUAUUUGGCUUGUUUGCCGGGAACUUGGUACGACCCGGUUAAAGAAGAAUGUACUGAAGACUAUAAGUGUGUUUGUGAAGAGGACGGUACUUUAAACUGGACGGUUAUUAGUGGUGACCCCUGUGACGCUUGUUCUGAGUGUGAUCAUAGUAGUACUUCAUCUUCAAGUGGAAGUACACUUCUUAGUACUACUCCUUCUUCUGAUAAUGUUCCAUAUUGCUCUGUUGGUGGAGUAUUCAACUGUACAAAAACAGGAAGAUUUGCUGAUCCAAACGACAGUACAUGCAAGUCGUAUUAUUACUGCUAUGUUUGGAAUUCUGAUGGACAAUUGAGGUACUAUCCAUAUUCAUGUUCAAUAGGUGUUUUUAAUCCAAAUACAGGCAGUUGUGAUUUGAAUUAUGAAUGUCCUUGUUCAGGAACGAGCUCUACCAACCUUUCAAUCGAGACUACUUCUUCUGAACCAUCUAGUACUACUUCCGAACCACCUAGUAGUACUUCUGAACCCACCACUCCUGUUUCACCUCCAUAUUGCUCUGUUGGUGGAGUAUUCAACUGUACAAAAACAGGAAGAUUUGCUGAUCCAAACGACAGUACUUGUAAGUCUUAUUAUUACUGCUAUGUUUGGAAUUCUGAUGGACAGUUGAGGUACUAUCCUUAUUCUUGUUCCAUAGGUGUUUUUAAUCCAAAUACAGGCAGUUGUGAUUUGAAUUAUGAAUGUCCUUGUUCAGGAAUAAUUUCUACCAGCACUUCAAUCGAGACUAUUUCGUCUGAACCAUCUAGUACUACUUCUGAACAGUCUGGUUCUACUUCUGUACCCUCCAGUACUGUUUCGCCUCCUCCGUAUUGCUCUGUUGGCGGAGUAUUCAACUGUACAGAAACAGGAAGAUUUGCUGAUCCAAACGACAGUACUUGCAAGUCUUAUUAUUACUGCUAUGUUUGGAAUUCUGACGGACAGUUGAGGUACUAUCCUUAUACCUGUUCAAUAGGUGUUUUUAAUCCAAAUACAGGCACUUGUGAUUUAUAUUAUGAAUGUCCUUGUUCAGGAAUAAGUUCUACCAGUACUUCAAUCGAGACUACUUCUUCUGAACCAUCUAGUAGUACUUCUGAGCAAUCUAGUACUAUUUCCGAGCCAUUUAGUACUACUUCUGAACCCUUCAGUACUGUUUCACCUCCUCCAUAUUGCUCUGUUGGUGGAAUAUUCAACUGUACAGAAACAGGAAGAUUUGCUGAUCCAAACGACAGUACAUGUAAGUCUUAUUAUUACUGCUAUGUUUGGAAUUCUGACGGACAGUUGAGGUACUAUCCUUAUUCCUGUUCAAUAGGUGUUUUUAAUCCAAAUACAGGCACUUGUGAUUUAUAUUAUGAAUGUCCUUGUUCAGGAAUAAGUUCUACCAGCACUUCAAUCGAGACUACAUCUUUUGAACCAUCUAGUAGUACUUCUGAGCAAUCUAGUACCCCUUCCGAGCCAUUUAGUACUACUUCUGAACCCUUCAGUACUGUUUCACCUCCUCCAUAUUGCUCUGUUGGUGGAAUAUUCAACUGUACAGAAACAGGCAGAUUUGCUGAUCCAAACGACAGUACUUGCAAGUCUUAUUAUUACUGCUAUGUUUGGAAUUCUGACGGACAGUUGAGGUACUAUCCUUAUACCUGUUCAAUAGGUGUUUUUAAUCCAAAUACAGGCACUUGUGAUUUAUAUUAUGAAUGUCCUUGUUCAGGAAUAAGUUCUACCAGCUCUUCAAUCGAGACUACUUCUUCUGAAUCAUCUAGUACUACUUUUGAGCAAUCUAGUACUACUUCCGAACCAUUUAGUACUACUUCUGAAGCCUUUAGUACUGUUUCACCUCCUCCGUAUUGCUCUGUUGGUGGAAUAUUCAACUGUACAGAAACAGGAAGAUUUGCUGAUCCAAACGACAGUACUUGCAAGUCUUAUUAUUACUGCUAUGUUUGGAAUUCUGAUGGACAGUUGAGGUACUAUCCUUAUUCCUGUUCAUUAGGUGUUUUUAAUCCAAAUACCGGUAGUUGUGAUUUGGAUUAUGAAUGUCCUUGUUCAGGAAUAAGUUCUAUCAGCACUUCAAUCGAUACUACUUCUUCUGUACUAUCUAGUACUACCUCUUUACCAGACAGUACUGUUUCUACAACCACUACUGAGAUACCUAGCACAUCUUCGUCUCCAUACUGCUCAGUUGGAGGAAUUUUUAACUGUACAAAAACAGGAAGAUAUGCAGACCCAAAUGAUAGUACUUGUAAAUCAUACUAUUACUGUUAUGUAUGGAACUCUGAUGGAGAGCUAAGGUACUACCCUUAUACCUGUUCUAUAGGUUUAUUCAAUCCAUCUACAGGGAGUUGUGAUUUAGAUUACCAAUGCCCUUGCUCUAACAAUAAUAAUACGGUACCUCGGUCAUCUAGCUCUACAUCAUUAAGUAGCAGUACACAAGCACAAAGUUCUUCUAUCAGUACCAGUACAGAAAAACCUUAUUGUCUGUCAGGUGGUAAGUUUUCUUGUACAAAAGUAGGAAAAUUUGCUAAUCCCAAUGACAAGACUUGUAAGAAAUUCUAUUACUGCAUAGGAAGUCCCUCUUUCAUAGGUAAACUCUCCUUGACUUGUAUUUCAGCAAACUUCAAUCCAGAAACUCAAAAAUGCGAUAGCAAUUAUUCUUGUCCUUGUUCGUAAAUGAUUAUUAAGAAAUUGUAAGGUAGUAGUAGUAAAUAUACAGGGUGUCCUAUAAACGUUUCUAAGCAUUUUUUGUGCAGUUUUAUUCAGUUUUUGUCGAUAGAAAUAACACAACUUAUAAAAAAGUGUAAAAUUAAUUUUUAAGUGAGAAAAAAAUAUAUUUACAUGAUCUAUCGAAGGCACCCUGUCUAUAUUUUAAACUUAUACUAAACGACUGAAAAAAUACGCUGUUUCAGUGGGCUUUAAAAUGACAAACAAUGACGAUUUCUGUUUGGACUACGUUAUGUGGAUUUUCUUCGAUUAUAUUGUACAAUAUAAUUUCUUAUAUAAUUAUAUAUCACGCCAUUUUGAAAUGCCUUCGUAUUUAUCGAAAUAUUGCAACAGUAUUUAAUAUUUUUGUUUAUCGCGAAAAAUCAAUACACACGAGCUGUUUAUGACAAUUUUCUAGAUUGUUUUAUUGUAUUUAAUGUAGGAUUAAUACUAAUUAUCACUAUGUAUAUUGAAGGUUUGUAGUAAAUAUAUUUUUGUAAUCAA